AUGAUGAAAGUGCAAAAGGAGAUUGCCAAUUGCGCAAUAAUUGAAUGUCUGUCGUUUCUCACCCAAUUCGCCAUCGCUUUCAUCGCCUCCCUCGUGGCUCUUUUUGCGGUGUGUGCUCAGAGAGUUCCCUCGACCAGGUGGCCACAGUUUCAGAGGAAACGGGCAGCACGAUAAUAUAGCGGUUUCAGAGAGCGGAGCAAGCGUCGGAAGGGUUCGUCGUCGCGACGGGAGCAGAGUGUGGAGGUGGACGCGCCGCCCGUCGUCGAGUUGAAGAGCAAACGGAGCGACACGAGCCAGCGGAGCGUCAAAAGUGAACGGAGAGACGCGUGAGUGGUUACGGUACGGUCUACUGUGAGAUAUUUUAAGACUUUGUGUUGAUCCAUCUCUCCUUAAAGCAUAAAAUAGCGACCAACUAUUGUCGGUUUCAGAAUGGAUUCGAUCAAAAUAAUCCGUGGCCAAAAAAAUGUGCGAAAAGCGAGACCAAUGACCGGAAAACCGACGGAAGAGACCGAUUCGCAGCACACGGAAACCAUAAACGUUCCGCUGGGCAAGGCAAAGUCCGUGCCCCCGGAGUGGAGUGUCGUACAGUGAAACCGUUUCAGCACUGCGCCGCCGGCCUCGAAACUCACAGUAGCGGCACAGCAAAAGACGGACGAGAAGCGGGAAAAGAACGAGAGAAAAGUGCAGUUCGCCGACAAAUUGGUCAAAUCGACAAUAUCGCCGACGGUGGAAACGCAGCGAUCCACGAAGAGUGCAAAGAGUUUGAGCAAGAAGAAAAAGAGCCAAAAGUUGACGAGAAGCGAGAAAAAGAAGGGGAAAUGA